CCGGUCCCAUGGGAGCCCGGCGGGCCGGUGGAUGCCCAUGGCUUUCAGCCCGGGGCUGCUGGUGGUGGCCGGUUCCUUCGCCGCUUUCCGCCUGCUGAACCGGGGGCUGGAGCGGCUCGUGCCGCCGCCGCCCUCGGCCCGGCGCAACCGCUGGAAGUGGCGCAACAUCUGGACAUCGCUGGCGCACAGCGUGCUCAGCGGCGGCGGGGCGCUGGCCGGGUUCUACCUCCACCCCGAGAUGUCCAACGACCUGGUGGGCACACACCCGCCCGGGGCGCACAGCCUGGUGGCCGUGUCUGUAGGCUAUUUCAUUGAAGACUUUGUGGACAUGUUGUGCAAUCAGAAACUUCAUCAGUCCUGGGAGCUGCUCUUUCAUCACUCUGUGGUGAUCAUCUGCUUUGGAAUCGCUGUGCUGCUCCACCAGUACGUCGGCUUUGCCCUCGUGGCUUUACUGGUGGAGAUCAACUCCAUCUUCCUGCACGUGCGGCAGAUCCUGCUCAUGGCCAACCUGGUGCACACCCCCUGCUACCGCCUCAACAGCCUCGUCAACCUGGGCACCUACGUGGUGUUCCGCAUGGCCACGCUGGCCUGGAUGAGCCGCUGGCUCUUCCUCAAUCGCCACAACGUGCCCCCGGCCGCCUACGCCGUGGGCACGGCGGGCAUGGCAAUCAUGACGCCCAUGAACAUCAUCCUCUUCUACCGCCUGCUGCGGAGCGACUUCCUCAAAUCCCGGCGGGACAAGGAGGAGCGGCAGGACAAGGAGGAAUAG